UGAAGCCAUCCAAAUCAUGGGAGCUUCAUAGCUCAGAAUUUGGAUUCUAUGGCAACAUGACCAUGGUGAGCUAUGUGCAGAAGAAAGGAAAGGCUGUUGUCCUACUGAGCACCAUGCAUGAUGACAAAGCAGUGGAUAACAGCAGUCAGAAGAAGAAACCAGAAGUGAUCCAGUACUACAAUAAAACAAAAGGAGAAGUGGACACAAUGGAUCAAAUGGUUAGCAACUACACAUGUCUGCGGAGAACAAGGAGGUGGCCCAUGGUUCUCUGGUACAAUAUGCUGGAUGUUGCCACACUCAAUGCCUACACCAACUUCAGUGCACAACACCCUGAUUAUAUGGGUGGUGCGAGUAAUGCACGACGACUAUUUAUCAAGGAGCUGGGCAAAGAGCUCGUCAUGCCACAUAUGAAGAGGCGCAUGGAGGGCACACCCAAACUCCAGAAGCAUAUUAUUGAGGCAAUGGGAAGGUGUGGGUUAAAAAAAGACACAGCCACCACUCAGCUACAAGAGGACAUCAGACAGGAGGGCCAAAGGAAGAGGAAGAGGUGCGCGAUCUGCCCAGUUUCGAAAGACAGAAAAGCCAGCAGCUGGUGUUCCCAGUGCACUAGGCCGGUGUGCAAGGAGCACAAAAAAUUAGUGAUCAUUUGUGAGGCAUGCAGAAAUUGA